AUGGCCAUGAAGGGCAUCAGCCUCGGCCUCCACCGCAUCUCGCGAGCUCUCGAGGGCGUACCCCAGAAGUGGGAUGCCAUCCACGUCGCCGGUACCAAUGGAAAGGGCUCAACUUGCACCUAUCUGUCGGCUCUGUGCAAAUCCUUCGGUAUUACAAAUGGCCUCUUCACCUCGCCCUACCUGGUUGAGCCCCGCGACGCCAUCAAGAUCAAUGGUACGCCCGUACAGCAGGAUGUCUACAACGACGUGAGACACAAGAUUUUGGACGACGAGCAAGCGCGGCUGGCUCAGGAUUCUUCUCAAGAGCAACUUUCCAUUUUUGAAGUGACGACUCUCAUCGCCUUUGGCGUUUUCACGCACGCCGAUGUGCAAAUGGGUAUCGUCGAGGUCGGCCUCGGCGGACGACUCGACUCGACCAACGUCCUCAAGCGCAAAAAGGUUACCGUCAUCACAAAGAUCGGCCUCGACCACCAGGCCUUUCUCGGCAACACAUUGCCAGAGAUCGCAAAGGAGAAGGCUGGCAUCAUGAUGUCCGGCGUGCCCUGCGUCGUUGACGGCAGCAACCCACCCGAGGUCCUCGAGGUUUUCCGGAGGCAUGCCGAAAGCGUGGCCGCGCCGUUGCACCUCACCACAAACCAGACCGGUCUGCUGGAAACGCUCUACCGGUCCGAGCUAAUGCCCCACCAAGCCCAGAACAUGGCUUGCGCCAUUACGGCUUUCCAGCUUGCGUACCCCGACUUGAAACUCUCAGCCGAGCAAGCCCUGCCGAUCUUGAAGGACGUCAGUCAUCUGGGCCGAUUAUCGUGGCUGGAUGUGAGCAAGAAGCAUCCCGCACGCAAGGGCAAGCCUGUUCUUAUCGAUGGUGCACACAACCCGCAGUCUGCGGAAACGCUCUCCACAUAUGUCGAGCGGCGUCUGCGAGUUGCGGAUAAGCCCGUGACUUGGAUAGUGUCGGUAUCUAAGCAGGACGGAAAGGACGCUGGUGGUAUGCUCCGAACCCUGCUGAGGCCCGGUGACAGUGUUGCUUGUGUGCCAUUUUCCCAUCGGGAGACGAUGCCCUGGGUUGAGUCUCUGCCUCCAGCUACCCUACGUGAUAUGGCAUCCGAGGCUGGUGCAAAGAAGUUGUACCAGGGCGACGAGAGCCUCGACGCUGCGAUGAAGUGGGCUGUCGACAAUGCGGACAAUGGUCCUAUUGUAGUCACUGGCAGUUUAUAUCUCGUUGGAGAUGCGUACGGAGCUUAUGAUGAGAUAGCUUGA